UUUCAGCUGAUAAUGAGGUGACUUCAAUAAUUGAUGAUUUAUCGAUAAGGUUUCUAGAGCAUGGCAGCUGCAAGUUCAACGCAGCCAUCAUUAUAUCAGCAUUAUUUUACGGAACAUCUUUCGAGUAAUUCAUCGAUUAUUGUAAACAACGUAACAGGCCUGAAUUCGGAAGCGAAAAGUACUGCUUGGAGCAGUCCGGUCGCUGGAAAGCAGUUUGAUGGAGAUUCGGAAAUGAAUGUAAGAAAUGGAAGGUCUGAAGGCAGUUCGUGGACAAACAAUUUGGCUGCGACAAGUUUUAUGCCAUCAUCAACGGAUGGUCAAAAUAGUUGUUCAAUUAGCAGUUACGGUGAAUGGAAUAGUGAUAUAUCCAAUUCUGAACGUUACAGCUCUCAAAACACCUCGCAGCAAAUGAUGUCUACAACACCAAAAAGGCGGAAGUCAGAAAUGGCAACUGCAUCAGCUGCCGGAAAUUCAGAACCACAUUCCGCGAAUCCACGAUUUAAUGAUACACAGGGUUCUUCCAGUUCACAAGCUUUACUUCACUCAGAAUCUGAUUCUCAUCCUCGACCUACAAGUAGUCGAAAGAGGCAUGCAGGUGCAGCUGGCGAGACAUUGUCUGCUGCUCAAUUUGGACCACUGAAUUGUCGGGUUGAUAAUUCAUUAUUGGUUUUGACAAAAAAGUUCAUGCAAUUGCAGCCGCAAGCGAAUGAAGAUGGAUUAUUGAAUUUGAACGAAGCAGCUAUGCGGUUAGGCGUGCAGAAGCGACGUCUUUAUGAUAUAACGAAUGUACUGGAAGGAAUUGACAUGAUUGAAAAAAUGGGCAAGAAUAGCAUACGAUGGAAGAGUAAUGAUGAAAUUGGUUCCCGUGGAAUUGAAGCACAAAGGCUUAAAGAGGAGAUUAAGAGCUUAGAUAAAUACGAGCAAUCAUUAGAUGAAUUGAUCACAAGCAUUGAGAAUGCACUAAAAUUAGCUAAAGAAGAUCCAACUGAUCGAGUUUACAGUUAUGUGAAAUAUGCGGAUCUUCGCAUGUUGCCGGGAAUGUCUGAUCAGACACUGAUAGCAAUCAAAGCUCCUAAGGACUCAUACUCGUCCAUCGAUGUAACAGAUCCAGUGGAAACAGGAAAAUUUGAAAUAAUGAUCAAGAACUCGCAAAAAGAACCGUUAGAAGCCUAUCUUUGUCCACAUCUUUCACCAAAAAAUGAACAGUUUGAGAAAGAGGAAUCACGUGAUGCCAUGGUACACGAAGACCAACGUAGUUGGUCUGAACAGUCGACAAAUGAUGUAUUUCAGGAAAUUACUGGGGAUGCACAACAACAAGUGCCAAUUCCAGGACCCAGUAACGACAAUAACGCCAAUAUUUUAUCCGUUAAUGCAUUGAGUACUUUCUACGCUCCACCAAACCUACAUACCUCUCCACUGAAAAUGGUUGUUGAGGGUCCUUCACAGCAAGCAGUUUCGAGUUCAAAUACCGAGGAUACAGCAGCAAAUUCAUAUGCUUUGCUAAGUUUGGAUCCGGUGGAUGAAAGUGAACCGUAUAUGUAUAGUAUUGGCGAGCAAGAAUCAAUUCAAACUUUGUAUGAUUGGCCGUAAUCCAUAUUUUAUAUAUCGCUUUUUUAAAUGUGAUCUCUUUACUGUGCAUCCUUGUUUGCUUUGCAUGCACAAUUCAAAGCCUUUUUGAUCUUUUUCCCAAAGC